AUGGGCAACAAGGAUAUAAUCGAAAAUGAGCAAAAUGAUAUUGUGGCUCUGGCGAAUUCAUUGAAGUGGCUUAAUUCGAGUGAAAAUCGUCAGAAUGUUCUGCUGACAUUGUUGCGUGUUAUCAGCUCAUACAAAGAUCCGAAAGCAACGCGAUUAUCGAUCUCGUCAUUGUCAGGUAAAAAGUAUGAUGGUCAAAAGUCCGUGAGCAUUGAACGUCCUAGGCGCGGCAUAUUCGUCAAAUUUGCCUCAUUGGAUGAAGGCUAUAUUCCUUGUAAACUCAUUCUACCGUGA